AGUUCUUUGAACUCAGUACAUUGAAUUAAGGCUGUCAACUUCGAUUUUCAACAUCAAUUAAGCAAUAACCUUGCGGAUCUGUUACAGUAUUCUGUGAUUGAUAAGACAAAAGCCAUUAAACAACAGCUUCAGAACAUUUCGCGCCAAUCAAAAUAGUACAAUGUAAACAAUCACAGUGAAUAUUUCAAUAACAAAGAGCGAAGUCGUAGCUGCAGUAAAAUAAUUAUUUCAGCUUAUCUGGAAACAGCUCUUAAAAGUGAAGUGACAGCGUAAUUAAAAUUUUGCAUACGGUUUAGACUUGUUUAAACUCUUUUCCUACCGCAGUAAAAACCAAACCCUGCAUCAGCAUCGUCAAAAAUGUUGGAGCUGGAUAAAAUUUUGGAGAAAUGCGGCGAUUGUCAUCGCUUGCAGGCGAUUAUGUUGCUGCUAUUUUGCAUCAUCAAUUUGCUAUCGGCGCUGCAUUACUACUCACAAACAAUCAUAAGCUUCGUGCCGAAAUAUUGGUGCCUUGAUGGCUACACGGAUCCUAUGGAUGCCUAUGCGGAAGCUAGCAAGCAGUCGGACUCAUCAUGCCAUCCACAUCGGUUGGCAGCUGAGGAUGAUGCUUUGGCGCCAACGAAUUUUUCAGCAGUGUGCCAGCACUUUGACUAUGAAUUGUAUAUGGGUUAUCAGAGCUUCACUAGCGAACUGAAUUGGAUUUGUGAUCGCGCGUGGCAAGCAACGCUGGGGCAGUCGAUGUUUUUCGUUGGCUCAGUGGUGGGCAGCCUGCUCUUUGGUUUUCUGGCAGACAGUUUGGGUCGCCUACCCAUCUUGAUUGUUGCAAAUAUUGUGGCCAUGGUUGGCAAUUCUCUGACGGUAUUUGGCACAACGCUGCCAACAUUUUCGCUAUUUCGCUUCUUAUCCGGCAUGGCGACAGAUAGCAAUUUCGUUAUGAUGUAUAUUUUGGUAAUGGAGUAUUUGCGUCCGUCUCUGCGCACAAUCGGUCUCAGCAUCUGCAUUGGGUUUUUCUAUUGUCUCGGCUCAAUGGCUGCGCCAUGGAUUGCUGUACUGUUGCAUAGUUGGCGCGGCUUCCUACUCGCCACCUCAGUACCCUUUGCCAUUGUGCCGCUCUUCUACUUCAUUGUGCCCGAGAGUGUGCAAUGGCUGAUCUCCAAGCAAAAAUACGACAAAGCCGUUAAAUGUCUAAAGCGUGUAGCGAAGAUCAACGGGCGUGCGGUGGAAGAGUCUGUCUAUACGGAAUUCAUAGAUGAAUGCAAACGCAGUCAAUUGCAUACGAAAUCUGGACCAAAUCUCUUCGGGCUAUUUGCAACACCACGCUUGCGGCGUAACACGCUCAUUUUGUUUUUCAAAUCCAUGGUCAUCACUUUGUGCUACGAUGCGGUGUCGCGUAAUGUCCAAGGUCUCGGCAUAUCGCCAUUUGUCAUGUUCACUUUGAGCGCCACAGCCAUAUUGCCAGCUUGCAUACUGCUGAUCGUGUUGCAAGAUCGUAUCGGCCGCAAAGCGAUGGCUUCCAUGUCACUGCUGCUAAGUGGCAUUUUUAUAUCGGUCACUGGAGCGAUACUCUUCUGCACGGAACGUAGUGGCGGCGAGAAAGAUGUUAUACUGGUAGUGGUUUUGUCGGUCAUAGGUCGAUUUGGUGUCACCGUCGCCUACAAUUCGGGCGCUCAAUAUGCCACUGAGCUGAUACCGACUUGUGUGCGCGGCCAAGGUGUGGCAGUGGUGCACGUCAUGGGCUAUGCGUUUACCUUCUUCAGCUCAUAUAUUUUGUAUACUCGGUCCUUCUUCCAACCAAUGCCGGAGAUAAUAUUGGGUAUACUUUCACUUUUGGGCGCUGGAUUGUGUCUGCUAUUGCCGGAGACACUGAAUAGAACUCUACCCACUUCUUUGGAGGAUGGCGAAAACUUUGGUAAAAACGAACGUUGGUAUAAUUUUAGCUUUCUGGAGAAACGCACACAAUCGGUUGAUGUUUUGGCUGCAAAUGCGGGGUCACAAAAUAUACGCGAAAAUUCGACGGGAUAUUUUUAGAGCAGAAAAUAAAAUUUUCAUUAGUUUUUAAGUGUUAAAUUAAUAUUAAGUGUUAAUGAAAUUUAUUAGUAAACUGCAUUAACA